UAGUUCAUUAAAUUUAAACUUCUUGACGGUUCUUAUAAUUUCAAAAUGAAAUUUCUCGUGUUAUCUUGUUUGAUUGUGUGUGUUGCCGCUGAGCUGCCUCGCUUCAGACCAGCGAGGUUCAGGUUUCAGCGUCAGGAAUUAGAACCGACGACAACUGAUUCACCGAGGGAAGCAACAACAGAACCCUCGGGACCGUAUCCUCCAUCUGGUUGGAAGCCAGCUGGCCAAGCUUUCACAUUACCUCAGGAAACUACCGCGGCCCCUAUGGAUACGUAUGGACCCCCUGAAGCAAGUGGACCGUACCCGCCUUCAGGAUGGAAGCCUGAAGGACAAGCUUUCACAUUACCCCAGGAGCAGACUCCACCAAAGACGAGCUACGGUGUUCCAGAUAACACGUAUGGUGUACCAGAUAACACAUAUGGCGUUCCCACUACUGACGCGACGACCACAGAAAACCCAGAAGCAGAAAAAUUAGUAGGACCAGUAGAGGUACAAAAAAGUGUUGGUACCUAUUACGUUCUGCUACCAAACGGACAGUUACAAAGAAUAGAAUUCGUUUCGGAAGAUGAUAUUCAGAAUAUGAAGUAUACAGCGAGAUUGCAACUUCGUGAACGAGCACCUUUAUACGUUUUUGGACCUUAAAAGUACAGACAAUUAUUGCGUAAAUUUUUCUGACUAUCAUGUGAAUAAUGAAUAAAUUGGAGGGACAAUUAA